UCAGGAGCCGGGCGGCGGGCGCUCUAGGCGUUCCCUCUCUGUGGUGAGGCAGCUUCCGGCUUCCUCCGGCCAAGGCAGGCUGGGGAGGUGCGGCGAGGCGGUAAGUGCAGAAUCGUAAGUGUUGCCUUGACUUGAAGAGCUUGAAGAUGUCUGAAGAGGAGGAAAAGCUGAAUCUGCGUCGCCUGGAGCCUGCUAUCCAGAAGUUUAUUAAAGUUGCAAUUCCAACUGAUCUGGAGAGACUACGGAAGCAUCAGAUAAAUAUUGAAAAGUACCAGCGGUGUAGUCUGUGGGACCGGUUGCACGAAGAGCACAUCAAUGCAGGACGCACGGUGCAGCAGCUGCGAGCAAAUAUCAGAGAGAUGGAGAAACUUUGCUUGCGGGUCCGGAAGGAAGACCUACAAGCUCUGCAGAGAUUGAUCAACCCGGUGAAAGAGGAGGCCUCAUCUGCCAUACAGGAGUUUCUGCGGCUCCAUUUAGAGUCUGCUGAAGAACUUAAAAGGCAGUUGAACGAAAGACAGGCGUCGCCUCAGGUGCCCUUGACCAGGUCAAUGACCGUCGGAGGAGAAACAUUUCAUGACUCAGAAACGGAAGAGACUUCUCAGAGUUUUAUCCAGCUGUUUUCUCCCCUCCCUGAAAUUCCCCAGGAUCAAAAUGCUGCUGAGUCGUGGGAAACUUUGGAAGAGGACUUGAUUGAACUGGGCACUCUAGUGACUGACUUCUCUGUGCUAGUUAAUUCCCAGCAAGAGAAAGUUGACCGGAUUGAAGACCACAUCAACACUGCCGGUGCGAACGUUGAAGAAGGAAACAGAAGUCUAAGCAAGGCAGCCAAGUACAAGUUGGCCACUCUGCCCUUGGCAGGCGCGCUCAUUGGUGGCAUCGUGGGGGGCCCGAUCGGACUCCUUGCUGGUUUCAAGGUGGCCGGAAUCGCAGCCGCGCUUGGCGGCAAAGAGGCGUAUUAAAACUUCACCGGUAGAGCCAGUUUACCAGAGGAAGCGGCCAAAAGGUGAUUCCAGGACUAUCACGCGACACCUGGCCAGACCUACAAACAGGGGAAUUGGGCACUCCACCUGAAGGACGGCUGCACUCACCUUGAACAGGAAGCGUAUCUCGGUAUCGGCUGCUAUUUGGGAACUGGAAAGGACCAUCCGGGGAGCCUUUUUCGCUGGUCGGCACCAGCCUCUUCGUUCUGAGCCCCAAGAAUUGCGCACAUCAGCGUAAAAACAUUGCAACGGAAGGUUGUAGUAGGGUCUGCUGGAUUUCCCUCACCAGAUCUUUUAAAGCGUUUUUAUAGCAUUCACAAAAAUGCCUUUUUUCCCCUGGAUCAACCGAAGGGAUUUUAAGAGAAUGUUUUCGAGCGUACGCACCUCGGUGCCUCGGCAGUUCAAAACACUCCGCGAAGCGCCGGGAGAUUCAGUCACUCGGCAAGGUUUUUGGACUUAAGAGUAGUUCACUUCGCGUUUUGGAUCCCAGGGAGGCCGCCAAAGAGGAGGCCAGGCCCUGCUGGAAUCGAAGCUCACCCUCUUGGCUUUCGUUAUGGACCUCCUGCGUAGGUUGGCAGCGACAAUCUGUUCUUAUCCCCCUAAAACUGCUUUUUUGCUAUUUUUUUUUUAAAAAGCAGCAUUAGGUGGGUCUGUGGGUCUGUUUUUAAGGGGGGGAAAAUCCCACGGUUGCUUACGCUUAAAAUGCUUUCACUGGCGUACAGCCUGUAUAUAAGACACCUUUUUAUCCACUGGAAGCCAGAAUGUGAAGGAUUCCUGAAAGUCAAAUUGCGGUUAUGCAGGGACAGGUAGUUGAACCCCUCUUUCCCUAAAUUGACUGGAGUGAGCAAUGGCAGAAUUUGAAACUUUGGCCAAAGAUUAGCACCAUACCAGCCAAAGCCCCUCCCUGGAAGUUAUUAUGGUUUGUGACUUGGCGAAGUGAUAAUCAUCUGGAAGGACCUCUGGAUUAGAAUCUACUGGUUUUGGGGUAUCCUGGUACAGGCAAGAUUGCCAUAGCGAUCCUAAUAAAACAGAGCGAGUGGCUGCCCUUUCGAUUUGGGCAGAA